AUGGGCACUGUCCAAAAAGUAAUGCCCCACAAAUGGUAUCAGAGCCAAACUGGAGGAGUCUACAGUGUUACCCAGCAUGCUGUUGGCAUUGUCAUUAACAAAGAAGUCAAGGGCAAGAUUCUUGCCAAGAGAACUAAUGUCCACAUUGAGUAUAGUAAGCACUCUAAAAGCCGAGACAGCUUCCCGAAACAGGUGAAGAAAAAUGAUCAAAAAAAGAAGGAAGCCAACCAGAAAGGGACUUGGGUUCAGCUGAAGCAACAGCCUGCUCCACCCAGAGAAGCCCACUUUGUAAGAACAAAUGGGAAAAAGCCUGAGCUUCUGGAGCCCACCCCCUAG